GUAGGCGUUAUCUGUAGAAACUGGUAGGUGUUCUGUGCCCUACGUUCAUUCAAUUUAAAUAUGGCAGCGUCGAGAGAACGUGCGCUUCCCAACUCAAGCAAGAAAGCUCGCGUGUUUGACUUAAAUGCCAUAUUCGAGGAAGCUAGGAAGACGGCAAUAAGUAGGAGCAAAGAUUCAAAACUCACGGAAGACCCAAAACCGUUCACGAGCCAGCCUGAAAGUAGCGCCGAAACUUCAAGGGAGAAUGAUCCUGCGCAGGACGGUGAACCGAAUGAAGGCAGCGGAGACGACCUUGUGGGGCCUCCGAUUUCGCUCUCGGCUCAGACUGAAGACGACGGAUCUGACUCAGAGGACGAUGACGAGGAGGAAGGUGAGCGUACUGCUGCGUAUCGGCCUAUUCCGGUGAAAGACGACAUUACGCUGCGGCAUGGCACGAAGAUUGUGUCUGCGUUGGCUCUGGACCCUAAUGGAGCACGUCUUGUCACUGGCGGGUAUGACUUUGAUAUCACUCUGUUCGAUUUCGCCGGCAUGGAUUCAUCUCUGCAGCCGUUCCGAUCGCUUCGUCCUUGCGAGUGUCACCAGAUCCGAAACCUAGAAUACAGCUGCACGGGCGACUCGUUUCUCGUGGUGUCUGGCAACGCCCAGGCGAAAGUGCUGGAUCGGGACGGCUUCGAGGUGAUGGAGUGCGUUAAGGGAGACCAGUAUAUAGCUGACAUGGCUCGAACCAAAGGUCAUGUGGCUAUGCUGAAUUACGGUUGCUGGCACCCACGCAGCCGCGAGGACUUUCUCACUUGUGCCAAUGACGGCACACUGCGGUUGUGGAAUGUGGACAAACCCAACUGCCACAAAGCCUUGGUCAAGACCAAGCAACAGGGCGGCCUCCGAGCUAUACCGUCUACCUGCCGCUUCAGCAGGGACGGCCAACUAAUGGUUGCUGGCUGCCAGGAUGGCUCGCUUCAGUUUUGGGACCAGCGACGCACCUUAGUGCAUCCGAGUCACACAGUACGCGAGGCGCACCGGCGAGGCACUGACGUAACUUGCGUAGCAUUUUCCCAGGAUGGCCGCCAGCUCGCAACGCGAUCCUGCGAUGACACGAUGAAGUUGUGGGACCUUCGCUCAUUGCGGCCGUCGGCUUUGCACACGUUUGCAGAUCUCGACAACUUGUACCCUGCCACGGACUGCGGCUUCAGCCCUGACGAUCGACUCAUCUACACUGCCACAUCGAAGAGCUCUGGCGACGGUCAGCUGGUGUUUUUUAAGGGCGACACAAUGCAGGAAGUGAUGCGACUUCGACAGCCAUCGCCAGUGGCUAGAGUAAUCUGGCAUGCCCGGCUUAAUCAAGUUUUAGCUGGGCUGGCGUGUGGUGAAGUGCGCCUUCUUUACGAUACAGCGCACAGCCACCAUGGCGCACUGUUAUGUGUGUCCAAGGCCUCUCGGGCUAAACCUUUACCACAGGGGCUCACCCAAGCGCAAGUGCUAACACCACAUGCGCUGCCGCUGUUCCGGGAAGAGCGGCCGCGAAGUAUGCGCAAGCGGUUGGAGAAGGCACGAAAGGACCCUGUAUUGUCUCAAAGGCCUGAUCUUCCUGUGACAGGCCCUGGCCAAGGAGGCCGCAUUGCUUCGGCAGGAAACACGCUCUCCUCCUUUAUUGUGCGCAACCUGGGUACCACGAAGCGUGUUGAUGACAAUGUGGACCCACGUGAAGCUAUCUUGAAAUAUGCCAAGGAAGCAGCUGAAAACCCUUACUGGGUGACACCUGCUUAUGCUGCAACGCAGCCCAAGCCAGUUUUCCACGAGAAUGACGAACCAACACCUGCCAAGAAGACAAAGCAAGUGUAGUUUGUUCCAACCGUGCGCUUUGUGCACUUUUGUUUAAACAUUAUUACAAAAAAAAAAGGCUGUUUCUCAGGCCUGCUCUGUACUAGUGAUUUUAAAUGCACUGUACAAAACAAUAUUACAAUAUGAAAACUUUGGACUUUUCACUGAUUUAUCAUGCUCAACAUACUGCUGUAUGUUUGUAUCUCAUGUGAUCAUCCUAUAAAGUGUAACCCAUUUGAUGACAUACCCCUUGCAGCAUUACACCAUUUUCUAAGUGUGUAUUCAUAAAUUCAUAUUGCAAAGAUGUUAUAAAGUUAUUUAGUUAAGUUUGUCUGCAUUGCAUGUACAUAUUCAAGCACAAAAUGAGACAUUCAUUGCUGCUUUCAAAAUUCAUGUUGUGGUUUGUCGCUUUCAUCAAUCUUUUCAACCCAUUCCCAGUUGUAGCAGUAAAAAAAAAAAAAUUGUCCAAGGUGCUGUGAGAGUUGGCAUGGUGAAGCUUGCCAAGUGCUUUUGAAGGAAUGCUCGAGUACCAAGCUGUUCUGGCUUUUUUAUUUUUAGGUGCGCUUUUGAAGGAGGUAGGCGUCAUUGCGGAAUGCAUGCAUGUUUCGCAGUGCAAGUAUGUUCUGUGUGUAUAGUUUAGUAGUCAUCUUGCAGCAUGUAUUUUUGUUCAUAUUACUGUUUUAGGAAGAGAUAAUUGACCAUUUGCAGAAAUCUGUAAAGCAGCUUUCCUUUAAGGUUGUUUGCCAACCAAAAGGACAAGAAAACUCUUGUGCCCAGACUGUUUUUCUCGCUCACUGUGCUUUUACCACACUUAUUCGAGUGAAGGCAAGCGAGUGCUACAAGAAGACUUUUUCCCUCAACAAUUACUGCGUGGUGGUCCCACCUCGAACGAACCCUCAUAUCGCAUGGUGGACGAGGCACCUGUUGUUCAUAAAGAAGGGAGUGGGUAAAAACACAAUGAGUGAGGAAAGUAGUCUGGGAACGAGACAUUUUGGUUGGAAAACACCUUUGCAGGAAAGCCAGCUUGCAGAUUUCUACAAGUGGUCAAUUGACAAUCACCUGUUCUGUAGCGUAUGGCUGUUUAUAUAAGAAAAAAUAUGAACAAUAAAUAACACCUAAUUGCAGCAUACAUAAGUGUUGAGUUGAAAUACUUGUGCAACAUUAAAUAGAACUGUUGUAGUGUUUGGCAGUGAAAGUACAAAACCACAGAACACCUGACAAAACUCUCCCGUUUUAACAGCACUUCCUUACUGAAUAAGCUCUGUACCACCAAUGUCCUGGUACAUUUGGCUAGGUGCCACCACACUCAGCCACACAUUAGAGAAGAAACCAUUAAUACAGUUUCUGUUAGAAACAGACUAAAUGUGAGAGUUACAUGAUCAGAUGUUGGUUGGGCUCAGAGGUCACAGUGAGGGCACCUUUGAGUGCUCCGAGAGCAUAGCACUGUGAAAGAACUAACCACACAUGAUGUGCACCACCAGAGCACUUGAAAUUGCCAUUCAAAUGGACCAUUAUUUUUUUUAUGCAUUUCAGUAUAAAUUUUGUUAAAACAUUUGCACAUAGGUGCAAAUAAGGUAUUGCGGCUACCAUUUGUACAUUUUCUAGCAUGUGUAAGUUACGUACAUAUUGCAGGCAUGAUGUAAAAGAAGACAAUAAAGGAUCAUAAUUGUAUGGAUGACUUAGCAUCAUGAUAAUUGCAAGUAGCUCUCUAGACUGGCCCCUGUACAUGUAAAUGCUAUCAAAAUUAGGAAAGGCACAGUUACUUUUGUGAAUACAUGGCAAUUGCUGUGACGCAAAUCAAUAUUGCCUGUAAAAAGUGCUUCAAAUUAUGCUUCUCUAAUAUGCUUGCGUCGUAAGUCACCACUUAUGAAGCGGUGUUACAGGUGCUUUUUAUGAGAAGCGAUGUAGCUAGUUAGCUUUUGACAAUUUUCUUGUGUUUAGCAAUCGGUAAAUUUGAGGUCGCGUGAAAUCGUAGAGACAGAGUGGCGUGAUAAUGCAGGACAUACUAAGGAAACAAACGUACACUGUGCUUAUGUGCCUGCACUGUUUCCACCCAUCUGUUUCCAAAAAAUGCUGUACCAACUGACACCAAAUGUGACACUGUGCAGAUUUUUCUGCAAAUGCUCAGUUACAAUGCUCAAGUUUAAAUUUGCUGCUUUUAUUGAUCAUGAAGGGCAAAAAAAAAUUGUUAAAAGCAUCAUCAUUGAAGUACUUUUGACUUUGCCUAUGGCCUAAUAUAUUAAUGAUGAUAUUGCAGGUACAUAAAUGCCUUGAAUAAUGUGUUUCAGUCUGCAUGCAAGAAAAUGUAGCCAUAAAAACAAUAAAUAAGUUGGUCUAGCUGA